AUGGCGGUCGACGGCGCCACCGGCGGUGUCUCCGGGAUGGCGGAUUCUCUGCGGUUCACCUCCUACGUCGUCCGUGGACGAUGGUUCAUGGUGUUUGCGUCCAUGUUGAUCAUGUCCGCCGCCGGCGCCACCUAUAUCUUCGGCAUCUACUCCAAGGACAUAAAAUCCUCUCUCGGUUACGAUCAGCAGACCCUGAACACCCUCGGGUUCUUCAAGGACCUCGGCGCCAACAUCGGCGUUAUCUCCGGCCUCAUCGCCGAGGUCACGCCGCCGUGGGUCGUCCUCGCUAUAGGCGCUGGCAUGAACCUCUUCGGCUAUCUUAUGAUCUACCUGGCCAUCACCGGAAGGACGGCAAAGCCCCGCUUCUGGCAGAUGUGCCUCUACAUCUGCAUCGGGGCCGACUCUCAGUCUUUCGCCAACACCGGCUCUCUUGUCACCUGCGUGAAGAACUUCCCCGAGAGCAGGGGGGUCGUCCUGGGGUUGCUCAAGGGCUUCGUUGGCCUCAGCGGCGCCAUCUUCACCCAGCUCUUCUACGCCUUUUACGGGGAUGACUCCAAGUCCCUCGUCCUCCUUAUUGCCUGGCUCCCCGCCGCCAUAUCCAUCCUCUUCAUCCCCACCAUCCGCAUAAUGAAACCCAUCCCUGGAAGCGGCAAAAGCGAGCUGAAGGUCUUCUACUACUUCCUCUAUGUAUCGCUGGUCCUGGCCGGCUACCUCAUGGUCGCCAUCAUCGUUCAUAAUAGCGUCACCUUACCACGUCAAGCCUAUGAUGCUAGCGCCGCUGUCAUCCUCAUCAUUCUCUUCCUUCCUCUGAUAAUCGUCUUCAGAGUGGAGCUCAAGUCAUGGCUACGCAACCAGGAGCUCCACGGCCUCACCAUCGAAAAACAAUCGACUCCGGCGGCGCCCCAACCACUGCCCAAGGUGUCCCUAUCGGAGGAGACAAAAAUCAUGAAAACGGGAUGGGGAAGGGUGGUGGAGGUUUUCCGGGGCCCCGGGAGGGGGGAGGACUUCAGCAUUUUGCAGGCUCUGGUGAGUCUGGACAUGAUGAUUCUCUUCAUCGCCACAAUCUGCGGUAUCGGCGGCACGCUGACGGCCAUCGACAACAUGGGCCAGAUCGGGGAGUCGCUGGGGUACCCACAGCGAACCAUCGGGACCUUCGUCUCCCUGAUUAGCAUCUGGAACUAUCUUGGUCGCGUCGUCGCCGGGUUCUGCUCCGAGAUCUUCCUGACCCGGUACCGAUUCCCCCGGACGCUCGUGCUCACCCUCGUCCUCCUCCUCUCCUGCGUCGGCCACCUCCUCAUAGCCUUCGGCCUUCCCGGAUCGCUCUACGUGGCGUCCGUCAUCAUCGGCUUCUGCUUCGGCGCCCAGUGGCCGCUCGUCUUCGCCAUCAUCUCCGAGCUGUUCGGUCUCAAGUACUAUUCCACCCUCUACAACUUCGGCGCUGUGGCAAGCCCCGUGGGAUCGUACCUGCUGAACGUCAAGGUCGCCGGCCAGCUCUACGACCGGGAGGCCGAGAAGCAGAGGGCCGCCGGGCUCGCCACCGCCGUCGCCGCCAAGGCUGGCGGGAAGGACCUCACCUGCAUCGGCGUGAAGUGCUUCCGCUUGUCCUUCCUCAUUGUCACUGCCGUGACUCUCUUCGGCGUGCUGGUCUCCUUAAUGCUGGUUUUAAGGACGAGGGAGUUCUACAAGAGCGACAUCUACGCCAAGUUCCGGGAGGGUGCUGCCGCAAACGGUGAAGAGACGCAGAUGGUUCCGGUGGCUGAGAAUUCAGCCGGCGGCGCCACCACCACCACCGACGGCGAGCGCCGGAUAAAAAAUGAAAGCUCGGAGCAAACCCGAGAAACAAGAUGA